CAACCGUCAACUGCCGGAUCUCGGAAGUGUCAGCCAUUUUCGUGUUCCAUGUUUUCAUUCUUUUUGUGAUUUUUCUGACACCACGAGAAACACGUUAUUAAUUUUAACUAAAAGCCAAGCAUGGCUCCACGGUAUGAGAUAGCCAUUGGUCUCCAAAGAGGACACAAGACCACGAAAAUUUCCGAGAAAUCUAAAUUGAACAAAAUUCGUCCCGCCAGGUUGAAGGGGAUCCAAACUAAACACACCAAAUUCGUUAGAGAUUUGAUUCGUGAAGUAGUAGGACAUGCUCCCUAUGAGAAGAGAGCCAUGGAAUUGUUGAAGGUUUCUAAGGAUAAGAGGGCACUCAAAUUCUUGAAACGCCGUCUUGGUACACACAUCAGGGCCAAGAGGAAGCGUGAAGAAUUGUCAAACAUCCUUACACAAAUGCGUAAACAACAAGCUACACAUAAGUAGAUUUUUGUAUGACUAAGUAAGAAAUAAAAACUAUUGUUAAAU